UUUAGAUGUAUUAGACGGAGCUCAGACAAUCUCACAAAUCCUGCUGAUGAAGAAUGCUUUUAAGAUCCUGCUUUUCCCAUCCUAAUCUACAAGAGGAAACAGGAAAAAGGAACUUAAAACUCCCAUUGCUGAGACAGCUAAGAGCUUGCUCUGGUCCACCCCAGUAUUUCAGUGAAUCUGUCGCUCCCUGGUAAGCAAGUGUUGCUGUGCGAUGCAAAGGAAGAGCAAAGAUUAAGGCUUAUCCCACUGAAAGGACCUCUGGUAUUUCAUGAACUAAAGUAUAAACUGGAUGGAUAUACUUGGAAAAGCGUGGACAUUUUCAGCACUUCUUGUUUUCUGUGGAUUCAGCCUUCUGCUUUCAGGCAAUGCAGAAACAGCAUUUGAUUUGAUAUUGAUCAACUCACUCCCCACUGUGGCCGAUUCAGAAACAUCACUCAUUUGUAUUGCAUCUAGAUGGUGUUCCCUGGACUCUAUUAAAAUUGGGCGAGAUUAUGAUGCCUUAAUGAGCCAAAAUCGAAACCCCUUGGCAGUGGCUGAGGACAAAACAAGAAGAAUAGCAAAAAAAGUGAUAUGGCAAAGAGAAAAGUCCGGUGAAAGCAUUGGAGCAUACUUUUGUGAAGGAAAAUUCAAAGAUAACAUGAAGAUGAUAUAUACGAUGAAGAUGCAACGAACAGGUACUUUGUGUUAUUACAAGCAAAG